AUCCACAUAUUGUCCCGACAAGAACAAGCGCACACGCGAAAACUAGAUUCAAAACAGGAACAUGAUGAUGGUGUUGAUGAGCUAAGGAUCUCUGUUCAUCUAAAUUCUUCAUCAAUCGAUCUUUCCCGAAUCAUUUGAAUUUCAAGAUUCUUCAUAGUUCUUAAUUUUUUUUUUUCAUGUAUGUAUUUGUAAUCGCCGAUAGCUAGGGUUAGGGUUUUCCGACUUGUUUUUUUCUUUUUGUGAAGACUUGUAUAGAGUUGAUAUCUGUAGCUAAGCUGUGUAAUAAUCUAAUUGUAAACAUGGAACCUGUUCUGUAUUGUUUUAUUUUAUUUGUUUUGAUUUAAUUUUGAUUUGGCGGGUUAUAACUAUGGAGAUGGACAACACUUCUCGAGGUAGACCAUUCGAUAGAUCAUCGAGAGAUCUUUCUACCCUGAAAAAACCUCGGUUGCUAACCGAAGAGACGACGUUUCUUCGCAGUAGUAAUACUCCUAACGGUGGUAGCAGGCCAGUUGUUCAACGGCAACCGGCGUUAGGGUUCCGGCAGACAGCAGAAAGAGAUAGAGACUCCGAAAGCAGCGAUUUGACAAGAGGCGGAGGAGGUUAUCAGCCCCAAUCGCUAACGCAAUCGCAGCUGCAACAACAGCAUCUUGAGCUCGUGAGUCAGUAUAGAACAGCACUGGCUGAGCUGACUUUCAAUUCAAAACCUAUCAUUACUAACCUGACUAUCAUUGCCGGAGAGAACUUGCACGCUGCAAAAGCCAUAGCCGCCACUAUCUGCACUAAUAUUAUUGAGGUUCCAAGUGAUCAAAAAUUGCCAUCAUUAUACCUUCUUGAUAGUAUUGUGAAGAAUAUUGGAAGAGACUACAUCAAAUACUUUGCUUCCAGACUACCUGAGGUCUUCUGCAAGGCAUAUAGACAGGUUGAUUCUGCAGUUCAUUCGGGUAUGAGACAUCUUUUUGGAACAUGGAAAGGCGUAUUCCCUCUUCAAUGUCUUCAAAUUAUAGAAAGAGAACUUGGUUUUCAACAACCUUCAAAUGCAAAUGGAACUUCUUCUUCUUCUUCUUCUCCUUUAGGGUUGACUUCUUCUAGACCUGAGCCUCAAAGUCAACGCCCUGUGCGUAGUAUUCAUGUAAAUCCAAAGUAUUUGGAGAGACAAAGACUCCAACAAUCGAAUUCGGUAAAAAGUCCAGCUAAUGACACAAACCGAGUUGACUCACCUGAGAGACAAGAGAAAACAGCAGCCAUGAGGCCACGUGCUGAUCCUAGGCUUAAGAACAUUCAACAAGCACAAAGAGAUGUGGAUACAGUCUCUAUUCGUGAGAAUGACAAUGAUUUUGAUUAUGAGUCAGAGCCAGGAUUCGACAGCUCUUGGUAUCCACCUGGCGGCAGUAGUGGCGGCAAUGGCGGCGACAACAUUCUUUCCGGCCAAAGAAACGGUCAUGGAUUCCCCAAAGUUUCACCCCCAAAUUUACAGCCUUCAAACAACAUUGGAAGUAAAAAGGGCGUUUUGGUAAAUAAAAGCUGGAAAAACUCAGAGGAAGAGGAAUACAUGUGGGAUGGCAUAAACUCACAACUGGCGGUUCCCGGCAAAUCUGGCGGCGGCGGCGGUGGUGGCGGCUCGAAAAGAGACCCUCGCUCACAAGCAGCGGUUUCCGGCAAAUCACCGCCAGUACAACCGCCAGCACACCACCGUCCUCCACCACCUUCACUCCCAUCACCCGUGCAAAGUCGGGCAGCAACUCAACCGCAAAAAAACACCGCUUCCCGCCACCCGAUCCUCCCUCCGCCAGUCACCACCACGUCAAAAUCUCCGGUUACAGAUACCACCACCACCGCCGCCGCUGCCGCCACCGGAAAACAGCCGCCGCCACUCGUCUCAAGUCUUUUAAGUACACUUAUCGCCAAGGGGAUAAUUUCAGCUUCAAAUCCCGAUCCUCCUCCGGCGGUGUCUCCACCAUCACCGCCAGCUCCGGUGGUUGUCCGGUCACCGGUAUUAUUAUCCACAAACAACGAGCCGCCAUCUGUCUCAGAUAUAAAAAGUAUAAUCGGUUUUGAUUUCAAACCGGAAAUUAUCCGAAGAUCAAAUCCAGCUGUGAUUAGUGACCUAAUUGAUGAUCUUCAUCUUCCAUAUCAAUGUCAUAUAUGUGGGAUAAGAUUUAAACUUGAAGAACGUUUUGAAAAACAUAUUGAGUGGCAUAAUCGUAAAUAUCCUCCAUCCAGGAGGUGGUUUAUAAACUCUGAUGAGUGGGUUAAGGAGAAGGGUGGUGAGAGGAUGGUGGCGGCGGAGAUUGGUGGUGAGAGGAUGGUGGUGGCUGAUGAAAGUCAAUGUGUGUGUGUUUGGUGUGGUGAAGUGUUUGAAGAUUUUUAUAGUGAAGAAAUGGAGAAAUGGAUGUUUAGAAGAGCUAUUUACCUUGGUGUUAAAGGUGGAGAUAUUGGUCCGAUUGUGCAUGAAGAUUGUAUUUCGGAAAAUUCCCAUUUUGACCUUGGACUAUCUAAUGAUGUCAAAAGUGAAGAGGUUUGAGUAAACGCUUACAAUUAUGAAGCCUAAAAAGAGGAAAACCAGGUUUGAUGUGUUUAAUUACAAAUAUGCCCUUAUGGGGAGGUUGUUUUGUGAGUUAUAUUUUACCUUCAAAUUGGUGUUUUCUAAAUUUUCUUUCUUAUUGGUUAAAUCUUGAUAGAAAGAAAAUUAAUAGAAUCCCGGAUUUUUUUUACUCUUUUCCAAUAUCAUCGGCUUAUUACUUGUUUCUCUU